AUGCCUCACCACCUCUCCUCUUUCUUCAAAUCCGUCGGCAGCGUAACCGAAAAUGCUUGGGAGAGCGCGACGAACAAUCUUUCUAAUAGUCCGAAACGAAAUCGCGAGCGUGGUUUGACUGUUCGUCAAAGUUUUCAACAAGCUCAGCAAGCUCAGCAGGCCCAACAAGCUCAGCAAGUUCAACAAAUUCAACCAAGACGCUUAUUCCCAGCUGUAAGACCAGCGCCUGUCCCUACUACUGCUACUGCUACUGCAGAUCAACCUAUUGGUCUUGGCUUAGGUCUUGGUAUGGAAGUGGGACUUGAAUCGGCUGAUCAUGAACAUGAACAAGUUGGUAUUCCAAGUGGUGUUGAAAAUCAAAAUCCAAACACAAGUUCCGACGCCAUGGUUGAUACAAUUCACACAACUCACACAAGCACAACCAACAAAAUAACUUCAAACACAACCUUCCCGCCACUCUCAACCUCAGCCCUCACAAAGACCUCUAGCAAAAACACUCAAAGAAGUGCGAAUAGCAAGGAGACAAGCACAAGCAAGAGUGGAAAUAGUUAUAAUCCGCUGGUCACUACAAGCUCGACAUACACGAAUCCGAGCGAGAAUUUGCCGCCGACGCCAAAUUUGAGGGCGGUAGAGGUAGGGAGAUUUGGGGAUGUUGUUGGUGGUGGUACUGCUGCGAUUGGUGGUGGAGAUGAUAGUGCAGGAGGAAGUGCAGGAGGAAGUGCAGGAGGAAGUGCAGGAGGAAGUGCAGGAGGAAGUGCAGGAGGAAGUGCAGGAGGAAGUGCAAGUCAUAGUCAGAGCGAGGAGAUUAGUCCGGUCGAUGGAAUGGGUAUGUUUGGUCCUGUUCCUAAUCCUAAUCCCGGUUCUGCAUUUAUUUCUAGUGGUAGUGCUGGUAGUGGUGCAGCUAGUGCGGGAGGAAAUGCUACGAUUGCGCAUGAGCGAAGCGAACGUCAUGGAAGUAUUAAUAUGCAGACUCCUAUUGUCACGGCCUCGGGAACUCGCGUUCAUAAUUAUCGAGGUGUGGAUCAUGGUGCUGUUAUGAUUCCUGGUUCGGCUUCGGCUUCGGCUUCGGGCUCGGGUAUCAAUACUCCAAGAUUGAUUGCUGCUGGAAUUGGUGCUUCUGGACUGGCUACUCAAGGAAGAGAACGCGCUUUUACGAUUCCGAGAAAACCUGUUCCAAUGACGAUUGUGGUUGGCAAUACAGGUCUUGAAGUUGUACCUUAUGGACGUCCGAUCGAGGACAUCGAAACUGGCGCUUGCAUUGUCAAUAGACAAGAAUGCAUGGACUGGAAAAAUCAAUUUGAGGGAACAGGACGAGGACGAGGACAAGAUGGAGAUGAGAAAGAUGGUGAAGGUGAAGGUGAAGAUGGAGAGGGAGAGGAAGUUGGUGAGAGUGAGGAGGAGAGAAAGGAAAGAUUGGAGAAGGAGAGAAAGGAGAGAGAGAAGCGAGAUCUCCUCCACGAAAACCCCCUGCUCUCCCAUCCGGUCAAGCCUACCACAAUUGCCACCGGUACCCCACCCACCGUCUCUCCAACCUAUAUCGCCUCUACUUCUCUCAGCUCCAAACGUCGGGGUUUUCGUCGCUCAUGGACCGCUCCUAUCAAUGGCUUUAACUUCACCAGCCUCGGUGGAAUCGGCGUCAUGGGAUUCGGAAAUUCAAACCAAGAUCCAAAUAUGCAUGGAGGACUUGGCGAUACGGGAAUGGGAACGGGGAUGGGAAUCAACCAGAGAGGUACUGCCAGAGAUAGAUAUUCUGGAAAUAGUAGUGAAGCAAUGGGAAUGGGUUCUAGACGGGGAAGUUUUCUGCGCAGAGCAAGUGUGAGUUUCAAGGGGAUGGGAUUGGGGAUGCAGGGAUUUUUGAGGGGUACGAGUGGAGGUGGUGGUGCGCUUGCUGGAGCUGGAGCAGGUACUGCUGCUGCGGAGAGAAUGGGUAUGAGUAUGGAUCAUACGCGUGAAGGUGGAGCAGCUGCAGGAAGCGGAAGACCGGUCACCAUGCAAUCGGAGUAUAGAGGUGUAGGUGGAUAUGUGGGGGAUGACGCUAUGGCUCUUGCGCGGGAGAGAGUUGCGGAGGCUGAAAAUCAACGACGAAGAAGUCAUCGCCAAUCAAUGGUCCUGCCAAAAUUCGAAUGGGAGGAAGAGUUUGCUACUGCGGAGGAGGAUGAGGGUGAUGCUUGA